UUGGUUGUCAUCUGUUGUGCUAUAGCGUAUCUAGCGCUACCUGUUACAUCAAAUGAAAAUGUUUAUAAUGGUCACUUGACAGCAUAUGUGCCAGGAAUCAUACAAGAUAUCUGGCAUGUACCAGACUUUAUUGCGUUCCCAAAAGAUGGAAGUCUCCCGAAUGCAGUUUCUGGGUUUGUGCCUGCUUUCCCAAUGCCAUACGAUUUACAGACUCUACUGGAGAGAAGAAACAGUUUUUUAUUAAAGAUCAUGAAACCGUUUUGGAGUGAACCGGCAGAUACAAAAGUGUUCCAGAAAGGAGAGCUGUUGCAUCUUCAGGUGUCUGCUUCACCUGCUCCUGGUCAACAGCUUUAUGUACAAUCCUGCCACGCUUCAUCUUCUCCAAACCAUGCGGACAAACCUGAAGUCUCUCUCAUCAUUAAUAACGGAUGUGUGGCCUCCAAGGAGUCUUUGGUGAAGUUUGUGAUGCAGAAGAGUGACACUGUCAAUUUUUUUGUUAACACAUCCAGUUUAAAGUCUUCUGAGAGUUAUAUUCACUGCAAAGUGUAUCUUACUGAUUUGGGGCUGACCUCUGCCACCAAAUUCUGCAACUACAACAAGCGCAAAUCCAGGUGGGUUGAUCUGGGUGGCCAAACCUCUGUGUGUGAUUGUUGUGGAAAAAGAUGCAGAAGUGCAAUUGAGCACGCAGUGCUGCCUGUUUCUCUAGACCUGACUGCUGUAGUGAGCAGCGGCCAGCUGAUUAUUAAAGAUGAACCGUCUGCACCUCAGACCACACCGCUAACACUGGCAAACAGAAUUUCUACAUCCAGCCCUGCCACCGUAACCCAGCCUGAUAAAAGAUGGAUCAUGGCUAGUGACUCUUUCUCUGGGAGCUCAGCCCACAACUACAUGGACGAUGUCUCCCAUUGGCCUAUUCAGCCUAUUGGAGGAGGAGUGGUGAUCAUCAGCCAGGGGCAAGGAGCUGAUUUAUCAAUGUGGCUACCAGAAAUAACAGGGUUUGAGAUAAACCCAGUGGGUCCUUUGGGAAUUGGUCAUCCAGAAAAACCUGCUGUUGAUGUAACCGUUCAGCUUGAAAAUCUGAUUCCAGAUCAAAGCGCUUUUAAGAAAAGUCAGGCUGUAGAUGAACCCAAGGUUGAUGUUGAAACUGUGGAUUCAAAUGAUUAUGUUGUGGAUGAUGACUUGAGCAUGUGGGAUCCUAAAGACUUCUACCUUAUGUCUGAGCUUGAUACAAAACCUGUUGAUGCUCCGUCUAAACCAGAAAAGCCUCACUUGAAUUUUGAGUCUGUAUUUAACCUUCCUCUGAAUGACCAACCAGACAUCAACCCUGCCCCAGAAAAGCUCUCUGGAAGUGCUGAAGAAAAAGAUGAAACCGUUUUCAGGCGGGCUGAGGUGGUCUUUAAGGAUUUUAAAGAAGCAGAAUUACCUGAGCCAGUCUUCUACUCUAAACUGAGUCUGAAUCGAGCGGCAGAUGGAUCCAGUUCUCUCACCUAUGAAGAGCAGAAGAGGCCCAGUGUAAGAAAACAGGAGAACAAGACAUCAAAAAAAGAAAAGAAUGGUGAGAAAACGCUGAAGAAUGAAAUGAAAGAUACCUCUGAAAUAAAGGAGCUGGUUUUGCCCCUGUUAAAUCAGCUGAGGUGA